GUGGGCGAGCCGCGCUCCGCCCCGGGUGGCGGCCGCAGGGUUGGCGGUGCCGCGGCGGCCGGAGGAAAAGGACGUGGUGAUGAAAAGAAGUUCAAGAGAGAAAAAGGAAAGCUAAGCACGAGAGGAGAGAAGAGAGGCAGAUAGAUGGAGAUGAGGAACAUCCCCCAAAGCAGCAGAAGGUACCAGCUGAAGAACAGCACUGGCCAGAGAAUAUGCCUGAAUGGGAAGAAAGGAAAUCCCUGCUAGCUCAGAGAAGAGUGGAGUCUGUCAGACUGCUUACAGUGCUGUUAAAUCGUGUGAAAUUGGCAAGUCAAAAAGUGGAUCCUUCACUGGGUGUAAAGAAGGACAGUUCAUUUUCUGAAACAGCAUUUAAAGACAUACAGCAGGAGCUGAUUAACUCCCUUUAUCGUACGCACAAAGAGCUGAAACGUAAGGAGUUUAAGUGCCCGCUAACCCAAAAAGGUAGUGCUUUAUGCUGUGAGGAAGGACAUGUGAGUAACUUCCAUGCACCUGCUUGUCACAUAGUCAGGACAAUUUUAAAUGAUCCCUCUGCAGCCCUGAGCUCUGAUGGACUGCCUGGCAGAGAUGUGUGCAACUCCUCCCCCAGAGGCUGUGUGCCUCUGCUGAUCACGGUCACCCAGGACGGCAGGGUCAUCGAACCUCUCCGUGGAAGGCACCACCCAGCACUGGAUGUAGUUCACACCGAGACAGUGUCUGAGGAAGAUGAUUGCAGAAAGCAAAAGGUUUAUGAGACUGAUGAAUUCAUCCAUUAUUUACUGAACUACUAUCAGACACCACACUAUGCCCGUGUUUGCUUAGAGCCAAAAACCACUGUGAACAAGUCCUGGUGGAAGCGAGUGGUGUCUGAUGAUGGUAGUGGGUUUGACAGCAGCUUGAGUAACAAACACGGUCAGCACUUCAGGGAAUUGAGUCCUCUACAAAGCCUCCACAAGAGAAAUUGUAGUAGUGAUAGUAAUUAUAGGCUGGUGAUCACUCUUGGGGAAUUUGAGUCAACAGACAAAGUGUUAGAAAGCAAGGUCCAUGGGGGCAAGCUUGCAAAAAAGCUGCAGGUGCAGAGGAAUGACUCACUCACUGUUGGUACUGUACCACAUGUUGGACUGAAUCAUUUUUGGAGUGCACUACUGUUACUCAUGAUGAGGAGUUCAAAGAAGAAGAUGGUAGAGAUGAAGGCACUAUACCGUAUGGAACAUGUAGAUCUGCUUGCAGAUUAAAGGAUUUGUUGGAAGAGAUCAGUGAUUCUGAGUACUUUAGAGAGGCAUGUGGCGGCUCAGUGAAGAGAGCAGAAAGAAGGUAUGAAGAAAUUUACAGCAGUUGUAAUAAAGGGUGCUUGUCUACAAGAGCUGGGGAAAGAGAAUUACUGGUUUGCCAUAAAAAUGUAGCUCUGGAAGGUCAAGAGAAGGAAAUCAGCCAAUGUAACUCCUGUUCUAAUUCUGUUCAUGAGGUCUUGGCAAGGCAGUGUGAACGUAAACUUAAAAAGUCAUGCAAGAGGUCUAGUAGUAAAUUAAGAUAUGAAGGAAAGAAAAGUGAGAGACAAUCCAGGGAAAAGGAGAAAAAUGCUCAUAAAAUGAAGAAAAAGCGAAAAAAGCUUUCUUCUAAUCUUUUAUCUGAUGAAUGUAGCUUUUCAGAGACGGACAGUUGCAUGCAGCUGGAGUCGCUCAGAAAGAUACAGAGAAAAUGUAAGAAAAUGUUGCACAAAAACGUGAAAUUAAAGACACAUCACACCUCUAUGGCAGCACCAGAUGUUACCCCCCAUGAUGGCUCACCCCUUCAGGAGACCCUCCAGAGGAGAGGAGAUGAGAGGAAAUUAAUGUUGAGAAGAGAGAUGGAUGCAGAUGUCAGAGGAUGCCCUCUAUUUCCUCUUGAGAUAAUUCAGACAAACCCCUUCUCAGAUACUUUCCGUGGAGGAGAGCCCAGAAGAGGAUGCUGAACAGCUACUGUAUUAUAGCUCUGAAGUUUUUAUACACAAGUAGGAGAAGAAAGCCCUUUGAUCAUUAAAAGGUAUAUGAACUACUGGA